UUGUGCGCGCGGUAUUGCAUGCAUGCAUGUGUCUCGUGGAUUUUAGACUGAACGGUUCUCAGUAACAUAUUUGGUACGUGUUGUCAUCCCGUUCUGAUGGGUUAAAGUCUUUUAAUAAUAUUUUUAGUCUCAUAGAUUAUUAGACUCAACACGAAAGGAUUUAAUUUGACCGCAGGAAAAGCAACAGAAUCACAAUGUGUGUUCCUGUUAGGUAACAUGUCUGGAACCUGGAAGUUGAGCAAAGAUUUACAGCAUCAGUUGUAUUGCUGUAACAUGGUGGAAGUUAUUAUAUGCAAUGAAAGGACAGAGGAUAGUAAGGAGGAAAUGAGGACUGAUGGCAAUGGACACACUGCAGAAAAUGUGGCUCCUGAGUCAGUCAUCUUUGAAACCAAGGAAGACCUGGAAGUCCAAACGCAGAAGACCAGUUCCUGGAUAUGGUCCGUUGUUUACCUUUGUUUCUAUGGCUUCAUGGUGCAGCUGAAGCCUGGAGAGCCGUUUAUCACACCAUACCUGCUCAGUACAGAGAAGAACUUCACCAGAAAUCAGGUUACCAAUGAGAUCACCCCAGUCCUCACAUAUUCCUAUAUGGCCGUGCUGGUGCCUGUGUUUCUGCUGACAGAUUACCUACGCUACAAACCUGUGCUGAUCCUUCAAAGCUUGAGUCAUGUUUCCAUUUGGCUUUUGCUGCUUUUGGGCCACUCUUUGUUGGAGAUGCAGUUUAUGGAGUUCUUUUACGGCAUCACCAUGGCUGCCCGUGUGGCAUACUCCUCCUACAUAUUCUCGCUAGUACCGGCGUCUGUUUACCAGCGUGUAGCUAGCUACUCCCGCUCAGCUGUGCUCAUGGGAGUCUUCACGAGCUCUGUGCUGGGUCAGAUGUGUUUGUCCCUAGGGAAUGUAUCAUACACAACGUUAAGCUUGGUCUCUCUGGGGUUUGUCAUUUUUGGGCUACUUUUGUCUUUCUGCUUGCCAUGGCCCAAACGUAGCAUGUUUUUCAACCAAGCCCGCCUAGAGAAGGAGAGGAAGGAAGCAGCUCAAUCGGAAUUGGACAGAAUUAAUCCUGAAAAGAAGGAUGGCAGUGUGGCAGCACUGGGCAGUAACCACAAUUCCCUGUCCUGGGCAAAUUCUGUGUUUGUUCAGAUGCUGAAGGAGUUAAAGAAUGUUGUGAAGGUACCUAGUUUAAGGCUUUGGAGCUUGUGGUGGGUCUUCAACUCCACUGGUUACUAUUUAGUUGUGUUUUAUGUGCACAUCUUGUGGAAUAAAGUCUACCCUGCCAUAGAAAACAAGCAUGUCUACAAUGGAGCGGUUGAGGCUGCCUCUACAUUAUUAGGUGCAAUCGCGUCAUUUGCAGCAGGCUAUGUGAAAAUUCGAUGGAAUCUGUGGUCUGAACUGGUGAUUGGAUUGAUUACUGCGGCACAGGCCGGUCUACUGCUUCUCAUGGGCCUCACAGGAAAUAUCUGGGUUUGCUAUGUGUCAUAUGCACUUUUCAGAGGCUUCUACCAGUUCCUUGUGCCUAUUGCCAUUUUCCAGAUUGCUUCCUCUCUCACAAAAGAAUUGUGUGCUUUAGUGUUUGGAGUAAACACCUUUCUUGGAACAAUUCUGAAGACGGUCAUCACUAUAAUUGUGGUUGAUAAGAGUGGAUUAGGUUUGGAUGUUCAUUCUCAGUUUUUUGUUUAUUUCUUUUACUUCACUCUGUUGACUGUGAUUUAUCUGGGAUGUAGUGCCUUUAUCGUCACGUGUCAUUACCGCAAUCAAAGAUCAGGACAGGAAGCUACGGAAGUAGCCAUAGCCACUGAACUUAGUCCCAUGGCAUCAGCUGCCGGCGACGGUACAACCGCACAUAAUGGAACCAGCAUCAAGACAUGAGAUUCAAAGGAAUUGUGCCGACAGGAGUAAUAUAUAGUUUUAAAUGAAAUGCCAAUUGCUGUCUGGUAGCUGAAGCUGACUGAUGUCAGAACAUGUAUCCCAAGGAACAAGGAAAACAGAUGACAGACAUGAUCUUUUUAUUUUUUAUAGUUGCAGAAGUAUCUAUCCAAACAAUUGGUUGCAAUUUUAGCAGUCAUGACUGGAAUGGUGCAUAACUAUAUCUCUCAUAAAGUUUGAGAUAUAAAUUAUUAGGUGCAUGCCUGGCUAAAGUGAGGGGUCUUGACAUAAGUAUGUCUGAGCCCCAAACAUUGUCCGUGCAGCUAUGAUAAAAUCAGUCUGAUACAAUCAUAUUUCUGGAUCUGGCAUUUUGAACCAUCUGAUUGAGACCUCUGCAAGCAGCUUGAAUCUCUUUGACUGUCUUUAUUUACUCUUUAUACAACAGCACUGUGAUGUUUUACUGUUUAUAUCACUGUUAUAAUUGUCUCUGUUUAUAAAUAGAAACAUCAUAAAAGCAUAAAUGGGAUCUUUUAGGAACGCUUUUUACCAUUACAUAAUUAUGGCACCAAGUGCCUUUUUGUGUUAUAAGCUAGUUAUUGAAUAAUUCACGAAAAAACACAGAUCCAUUCAGCUACAAAACCACACUACUGUGUGUUGCUUGGAGACACAAUGGUUGCUCAUGCUUUGGCUUGUAAAUUAGUAGAGCUAAUUAGAUAACUGGCAAUAUUGUUACAUAUACACUAUUGUUCGAACGAUAGGGUCGGUAUGACCAGUAACCAAUAACAAUAAUGACUUUAUUUUUUUUUCAAAUAAAAAUUACAGAAUUUUUAAGAGUGAAACAUCCAGUGACAAGUAAAACAUGGGUUUUAUUUAUUUAUUAAUGUAAGUGCCAUUGAAAAGGCAGUAAAUAGAAGUAAAAAUGGCUUUUGGAGAUUUUUAUUUUAGUGGUCACAUUUGAAUACAGCAGGCGGUGCUAGACUGCAAUGGGCUAAAACUCCUUAAAAUUGUGUUCAAGUUAUAUGUAAUAAAAUAAAAUAAAUAUUAAUAAAAAACUAACAACUUUA